AUGGCUCCCACAAAGCAGAGCUCGAUUAUCGUUGUUGGUGCCGGGGUUCUGGGUCUAUCCACAGCUCUUGGCUUGCUCGAAAGCGGCUACGAGAAUGUCACCAUAUUCGACCAGCAAGACUUUGAGGAGUCGGAGUAUUCGCCAUUUCGAGGAGCCGACUCGGCUUCAGCUGACACCCUAAAAGUCAUCCGCUCAGCGUAUGGCGGCGCCUCGCUUCACCACUCGCUGGCUACCGAGGCCAUUGCCGCCUGGAAGGAGUGGAAUGGCGAGGCCGGCCGGGAGCUCUUUGUCAACUGUGGCUGGAUGCGCAUGAGCGGAACAGGCGACUUGGCCCCCGUCGACGUGGCAACUUUGGCGACCAUGGCCGCGGCCGGUCAGGGCGCCACGCAGUAUCGCGUCGGCGAUCCGGAAGACCGCCAGCGGGCAAGGCAGGACGGCUGGCCGACGACAAAGGUCGACCCGUUUGACCGCCUACGUCGUGGCUUUGCUUUUGACGGCGUCCUCGACACCCUCGCCGGCUAUGUCCACGCCAGCAAGGCCUGCACUUUUGCGCUGCGGAAAGCCAAGCGCCUGGGCGCAAAUAUCGUCCUCGGAACGGCUGGCCGUGUCGAUGCCAUCGUAUAUGCGCCUGCUUCUGCUGUCAGCAUCGGUGACCACCAGACCGUCGAGCGUGCCAUUGGCGUGCGUACGGGUGACGGCCUGGAACACCUCGGCGACGUGGUCAUUGUCGCCGCUGGCGCCCGGACUCACGGACUCGUGCCAGAUCUCGCCCAGUCCGUCACAGCCUCGGGUGCAAACAUCAUCCACAUCGACGUCCCACCUAGGCUCCAGGACAAGUUCAGGGCGGACGUCUUCCCGGUCUUUUCCUGGGGAUACACGGGAUUUGACGAGGACGGUGGCCUCAGCGGCUUUCCCCUUGACGAUGAUGGCACCCUGAAGUUCCUCUACCGCUCUCCGAAAUGGACAAACCCCAUACAAUCAGCAGCAACGCCAUCGGCUCGGGCUUCCGUAACCUCACGUCCAACAGCCUGGACUAGCAACACAAGGACAAAUGUGCCGAAGAAUGUCCUCGACGCCGUCAAGGCUUUUAUUGCAAGCAACAUACCCGACCUGGUCGGCUGCGAGAUCUUGAUGGCCAAGCUCUGCUGGGAUUCCUUUGCAUUGGAUCUCGAUUUUGUCAUUGAUUGGGUUCCUGGACGGGAAAACCUCCUCGUGGUUGCUGGCGGAUCUGGGCACGGGAAAUAUGUUGUAAAGGUGGUUGAGGAUCGUCCGGACCAGUAUACACAACUGUGGAAAUGGAGGAACCCUUCGCCGGAGCAGAUGACAAAGUUCGAGGCCUUCAUGCUAGAUCCACAACACAGAUUGGGCCAACAGCAGAUGGCUACCAUCUCAGAUCUUAAGUGGGAAGAUAGUCUUGGUGGUGGAGCAAAAUUGUAG